CAGAAAUGGAGCACCUUAUAAAGAAUGCUAUCAUCACAUCGUCAAAUCGCAUCAUUUCCUUCCCCCAAAAAAUUAUUCCGCAUUUUUCUUGCAACGCGUGCUUCGCCAGAAGCAGUGACGAGGGUUCCGCAGCGUGUGCUCAACAAAGUCUUCUUAAAAAGUUGACCACCAAACCAACAAAGUGUCAGACUUUUAAUGGGCGACAAGUUUUAAUUGAUUUGAAAAUAAUAAUUUGACUUAUUUCUCUGGAAUGGUACCAGUGAUUACAUUAUCGUCUUCUUCCUCCACGCCGACGACGACGACAUUGUGUCUUCUGCGUCGAAUAAAGGAGGAAAGGUUACAGUGAGAAGAGAUCAUCGAAAAUCGAGUUAUCCACCAUCCAGCAUAUUUUUCUCAGGUGGAGAGGAACCCGUUAUGGAUUUCUGUUCUGCGUUGACAUCCCCACAACUGAUCCUACUCACGAUUAUUGGACUAUCUUUUUGGUCCCCGAUGGAGUGUGUAGCACUUCGACUCUUUCGCGGAGCUGUUUCUUCUUCUUCUGGCGGUGCCAAAGCCUAUUUCUCUCAAGAAGAAGAAGAAGAACUUGGCGGUGGGGAUGAUGACGGAGAGCCUGCUUCAUCAAGAACGACAGCCGGGCAAUUCUGGGAACUCGUAUCGUCCUCCUCGGAUAUCAUCCCAGUCCAAAACCGAUCUUCUUCUGACUUACCACCCUCGUCCUCCUCGUCGGUCCAUAUCAGCCUGGAGACACGUCUUCAAAAGCUUGAACAUCACUUCAACACGCUCAAAAUCUACGAUGAAGAUUGCCGACAGCGUUUGUUGUGUAACUUGGCGGAGAACCCUAAAAAAUUCGCCCCUUUGAGCACAGCCCUCUUAGACGAGACCAGCUAUAUCGGAGAUGAAAAAGUUCUGGCAACCGCUCUCCUCUCGACGAAGGAGGGGGCUCGACUUCUCAGCUAUAUCGAAGCCGUGCAAAAGGGAUCCUCCAGGUUCGGCUGUGACGUCUGGACGUAUCGAUGUCCCCUCAGCAUCACCGCCAUGAUUGAUUACAAGGCUCUCCUCGUUUGGAAAGAAUUGUCAAAAUGGCUCACGGUCAAAUUUGUGGCGAGUAAACGGGCCUAAAUUGCAUACGUAAGUGCCGUUAUGUAAAAGAAGAAGAAGCAAAUUAAGGUUAAUUUUCCACACAUUUUUAUUUAUUUAUUGGUACACAUAAUUAAUUAAUUAAUCAGAGUUGCACAAGAUUUUAGAGAAUAUUUAUCAUCAUCAUCAUCAUCUGUAGAUUUCCAUACAAAUAUUUAUUAAGUAUCCCGAUCUGUAUAUAUCCGAUUUAUUUUGAUGCCACAAUGAUAAUCGCUUAAUAACGUGGAUGUGGUGGUGAAAAGUGAGUGGGGGUUGCACAAAACCAGGGGAUAAAUAUAGAUUAAUAACAUGUAGAUUUAUAUAUAUAUGUAUUUACAAGAAUUGCAAUAAUAUUUCAUCAUCAUCAUCACGGACUCAUAAUUUCCCAACAAUACAUGUGUCAUGUCGUCGGAGAAUUGUUAAAAAUAGAAUAAAUCUAGCAACUCACGCG